AUGAAGUUCUGCUAUCCUGCUACUAUUGCGCUCACCGCUGUCGCUACGAUUGCUCACGCCACGGAUUUAUGUGGUCCAAGUCGUAACGAUAAUAAUGCACUUCAAGCUGGACAAUUCAAAAUCUACCAUAGCUCCGGAGAAAUUCCUGGUGAGCUUUGUUCAGCAGUGGAUUCUGCUACCGACCACACGAUUGCCUUCCACACAAAUGCGAAGAUUCCCGAAACCAGCUCGGGUGGGACAUCAGUCUUGGACCCUUUAACGUUUGCUGCUGCACAACUGCAAGUGGAAUCGAAGAGAGUUGGAGAGAUCAAGUCCAUACCUGUAACACUAUUCCACGAGUACACGUACGAGGGCAAGCUUUCUGCAAAUGUCGGUCUCAGCUUGACCAUUGGAGACGUAGAUCAUGCGUUUGAUCCACUCGAAAUCGUGAUCUGGAUGGCUGGAUAUGGUGAUUAUCUUCCUGCAUCAAAUGCCCAAACUACUAGCACGGUGGUUAUUGGCGGGAGAGAAUAUGACAAGUACCGAAGGAUCUCUCCGCCCAAAAGGGCAUGGUACGUGCCAAGAAUGGCGAUGUAUGCCUAUACGGAUGAUCUGUAUCCUUUUAUCAACGAUUCUGCGUUCUCAUAUGAUACCACAUUCAAUGAUUACGUCCAUAAAGUACAGGCUAUUACCAGGAUCAUUACCGCUGAGAAUGCCAAGCUCACUGUGACGAAUUUCACUGCAGAAAUUCUAUGA